UGCAAGACAUCUUGAAAGAAGAAGUUAACAUUCCUGUCGUCGACUUUCUGUUCUUGUCACCCGUUGCAGAGGUUUCCCGAGUUGAAAUAAAUAUUUUUAGAUUUCCAGCUUGAAAAAUGGCAGAUUUACCACCUCCAGUUCGUGUAUCGCCACUCAUCAAAUUCGGCCGAUGGAGUCUCUUGACUAUUGGAAUCGCUUAUGGGGCAAUGCAUCAAUCACGACUAUCGAAAAAAGAGGCAAAGGUUCGUGAGAUUGAAGCUCAACAGAAAGUCAUCCGUGAUGCCAAACUGGCGGAGGAGAAGAAACGCAAUGCCGAAGCUGAGGCACGAGCUUUCGAGGAGUUGACAAGAAGCGCACCCAAGUAAAUCAUUCUCAAAUCGAUACCUUGUCAAAUAUGAAAAUAGUGUUUAUAAAUUGAAAAUAUAUACAUUCAUUUGAAUGAA